GCUUUUGCCAAAGACAACACAGAACAUAGCCUUUCCAUCUUCUGCUACACCACAAUUUGUCUUGUUGUCUUCCUUAAUUCGUUUCACUUACAUGGUCAUGGGGUCUAAUUCAGUUUCUAAUGCUUUCUUCUUCCCUGUUCUCUUGCUUUUAAUUUCGUUCGGCGUAUCCUCAGCACAAUUGUCCUCAAAUUACUACGCGUCGACUUGUCCCACAGCGUUAUCUGUUAUUCGAAAUGUGGUGAAAAAUGCAGUGGUGAAGGAACACCGCAUGGGGGCGUCCUUGCUUCGCCUUCAUUUCCAUGACUGCUUUGUUAAUGGAUGUGAUGCAUCAGUCCUAUUAGACGACACUACAAGUUUUACCGGGGAGAAGACGGCAGGUCCAAACAAAGAUUCAUUGAGGGGUUUCGACGUGAUCGAUACCAUCAAAACUCAACUCGAGAAUGUUUGCCCCGGAGUUGUUUCGUGUGCUGAUAUCUUAGCGGUCACUUCCCGCGAUUCUGUCGUUUUAUUAGGAGGACCAACAUGGGCAGUUCAAUUGGGGAGAAGAGACUCGACCGCGGCAAGUUUAAGCACGGCAAACAGCGAUCUCCCGAACCCUUUCAUGGAUCUGAGUGAUCUCAUUUCUACCUUCUCAAGCAAAGGUUUUACUGCUAAAGAAAUGGCUGCUCUCUCAGGAUCUCAUACAAUAGGCCAAGCGGGGUGCACAACAUUUCGAGCCCGAAUCUACAACGACACCAGCAUCGAUUCCAUGUUCGCAACGUCGUUGAAAACCAACUGUCCGAGCGAAGGUGGCGAUGCCAACCUCUCUUCGCUCGAUGCCACCACCCCUCUUAUUUUCGACAACGCCUAUUUCAAGAAUUUGGCCAACAACAAAGGCCUCCUGCACUCGGACCAACAACUGUUUAGCGGCGGUUCAACCGACUCUUUGGUCACCACUUAUACUACUAACCCCGCGGCUUUCUAUGCUGAUUUCGCCAGUGCGAUUGUGAAGAUGGGCAACCUUGGUCCUCUGACUGGAAAUAGCGGCCAGAUUCGAACCAAUUGCAGGAAAAUAAACUAGCUCGGCCUCUGGAAUUGUUGAACUUAGUACUCAUUUGUGAUGGUUUUUGCUUCUUGUUUUUGAUUUGUCUAGUGUUUAUGAAUAAUGUGAUAGGAAACUGGUGCAGUAUCACUCAAGCUGUAGUAAAGGGCUUUCUGGUGGUUACUUCAGUAGUUUUUGUUUACCAAGAUUUCGUGUGAAAGAAUGCUUUUGUACUUGGUGUCAAUAGACACGCAUUGCGUGUGCCUGGCGUCUAGUAAUCAUAAUUCGCUUUGGCUCGAGUUUUUCCUUGAC